CGUUUUCCGUAACAAUGAUUGAGUUGCUUUCCAGUAUUAAAACCGCUUCUGAUGUAAAGUUAGCAUGUAAUUAACCGAUUAAGGCUGCGUCUAAAACAAGGCGCCAGCAAAUCUCAAAACGCUGAUUAUUAUCACCGGAAUAGCCGGAACUCAAAAUGAAUUAUUGACAUUCCUAGGGCUAGCGCCAACGGCGUGCUCUGAACGGAUGCAUACAUCCGUGUACGAUCACAGCUUGUGAAUAUACCGGCUAAUAUUUUAUUUCUGGUUGUAACUUGCUGAUACAACAGUUAUUCGAUUAUUUUUUCAACAUGGAUAUUACGCUACAGCAAUUGGGCCGAUUUCGUGGCGUACCGAAGAUUAUGUUAUUAUUUUUUAUUUCUGUUCUGAUAACUUUACCGAUCAGUUUGUCGACCCGCAUCACCGCCAGCGAAUUAGGAGACGACAGUAUUCUGCCCGGAACAUUUGACCUCUGUCCGAACUCGGAACUGUCGGACACGGAACUGCGUAAUGCAACAGGGGGACGCGAUGACUUUUCCGAUCUAGCUGGAGUGGUCGGCAUACGCUUCGAUACACGGCCGUCCUUCUCGCAGCCUUUCGAGACGUACCUCGAAGUGAAGGAGUCGCUGCUGCGGCACUAUGUGACGCUACAGAUUAACAACCGCACCGUAACCGAGCUGCAGGAUGCAAUCACCUAUGCUUGGCUACCAAGUCUCGAGAAAAGCAACUGGACAGCGGUACACGCCCAAAUCCUGAACAUUGAAAACGGGUCCUUGUACUUUUCUCCAGACGGGUCACCGCUGAUGUCGGUUUGCUAUGUUAUGCCACCGCCCGUGACCGAUGCUAUCUCCUCUGCGAAUUCCUCGCGAAUCGUUCCGCUUUCCAUGGACGAUUUUAAACGGCGCCUGCAGGACAAGGGUCUGGCAGCAUACGACGGUCAGAAGUAUCCCGCGACCACCGCGUAUACUGCACGCGACUCCGCGUACCUGCGGGCAAAUGCUACAUCCGGCGUUUUUGACACCGACCAGUUGAAGGCGGAUGUGAUGGGAAUUGUUCAAAGAGGGCGUAGACGAGAUUGCGGCGAUGCGCGCGUGGACGAUGUGGAAAUCCAUUUUGGAAAUUUGGAGCCGGGCAUCGUGCCAUACAAGAGCAAUGGCACUUAUUCUGAUGUGCGGGCAAUGCGCUUUCCGUUCCUUCUCAUCGUGCAGAAGAAAAACGGCAGACGAUUCCGUCUCCUCGGUAUUGAUUUGUCUCCACUGAACAACCAUACCGAUCGCUACUACCCAUCCGUCUUGGGCAUGAUGAUGCCAGUGAACCCGGCCUAUUCGUUCCGUCUGUACCUGGACCGCCCCCUGAAUGUCCAAUGGUUACCGGGACUCCAGGCGUUAAUGACAUCACAACUGAAUGUCGGCAACACGUCGAACUGCUCGGCGGAAGUGCGUGUCUGGGACUUCGAUCCGAAUGGCUGGGUGGUUAACUUUGUUGUGACCCUGCGUUUUAAAACCCUGCCACAGUGGAUUUACGUCGUGGAUGGCAGAUUAUUGCAUUCUGCUACAAUCUACCGCAAGCUCGAUGGUUUUCAGUUUCGCGUAUUAUUACCGGCGAGUUCUCCAUACAGACUGACGCGGUAUCCUGCACAGGAUUCCCGGGAGGAUACGAUUAAAGCAGCGACGCUACGCAACUGCAGAGGAGAGACUCAGUUGCUUCCCUUACCGGUCGAAGAGCUGACGUGUCCCGUUACGGCAGCGUUCACCUUGUACGUCGAACGGAUGUCGAAACCUUCCGUAUUCGCAUUUAACCCGCCGGAUGCCGGUAAAAUCUUGGAUGCAGUACAGCGAGCUUUUGCCAUCGCAAACCCCGUCGUAAUGGAUAAUAUCACGCUCUCAAUUACUUUAACGGGACGCGAUACCAAUUUACCGACCACAGGACGAGACGUAACCAAGUUCAGUUUUGCCCUGACGUAUCCGAAAAUGCAGAGCGGACUGUAUUGGAAUCUGUGGCGCUAUCCGUCACUGGAUGAGCUGAACGGCUCUUUACAACGCGUGGCAGACGUUAAAAUUGUCCAGAAACGGACAACUGGGGUGCAAGCUUUCCCCUAGUUGUAUACGAAAUUAUAUUCUGGUCGCUUAUAUUCUGGUCGCUUGUCUCAACAUCAUACCGUAAAUUUACCGCUUGGUCGUUUUAUUUGACUCAAGCGCUUCUGUCAUUUACAAUAGUCCAUUACAUCAAGACACCUUCCCACUUGUUACCGAAUUGGCUAUAAAGAUCAAAGUCCAUUGAGAUAAGCGCAGCAGCUGGGAUUGGCGAUA